AAAAAACCCCAUAUAAUUCAGAGUGAUUUCCGCCUUUCAACUAAUUUCUUCACACUUCACUUCAAUGGCGGACUUGCCGAGCUUCAUCUGUCCCGAUUCUCCAUAUGUGUGGAAUCGCAAUGGAGUUUCAGAGUGUUUCGACAAUUUAGUACUUGGCUUUGGAGCAAACAUGCUUACUGUGGUUAUGAUUCUUGUUCUUUGGAUCAUCCAUAGGCGUGGGAGGCAAUUGAGGAGGGUGCAUCUUUCAGCAUACAAUGCAUUCCCUGUUCUGGCUGCUUUGGGUUUGUGUUUUGCGUUGUUUGAUGUGGUUAUGCUUUUUUGGGCAAGCAUGAGUGCUCGAACCAUUCUGUAUCAUGAAUGGCUGUAUGCAUGCUCAGAGUUCUUGGUUUGGAUGGCUGUUAUGGUCGUGUCAAGAUGUGACACUCAAAUGGAUUUCUUAUGCCAUGACGUCCUGUGUGUUUGGUGGAUUAUAAAACUCCUCUUGUUGAUGCCACGACUACAGAUAGUUUUUACUUCACCUCAGGUUAUAAGAUGGUUUAGGGAAAUCUUUGGGGCUAUUCUCGAUAUCACAUUCGCAACAUUAAUUAACAUUAUCAGAGUAAGGAUUGUGUCCUAUAGAAACAGUUAUCUGCAAUUAUGUAGCUCAGUAGUCGACCCGCUCCUCCCCUACCAAAGGCAAGAUAAAGAUGGUCCUCUUACGGAUGUGGGAAUUGUAUGGAAAGUUUGGAAUCUGCUAACAUUCAAAAUAAUUGAUCCUGUGAUACGACAUGGUUCAAUCAAACAACUUGAUUUUGAAGAUUUGCUUCAGCUACCUAUUGAUAUGGAUCCUUCGUCUUGCCAUAGUUUGCUAUUGAGAAUGUGGGAUGCUCAAUAUAGAAACAAUCAUAGACACCCUUCUUUAUUCAAGGCGAUAUGCUCAGCAUAUGGGUGGCCGUAUUUCUGCAUAGGUUUAUUGAAGGUGCUUAAUGACUGCCUGGGUUUUGCAGGACCUCUACUGCUCAAUAUGCUAAUUCGUUUUCUCCAGAAAGGUGCCAGAAAAGUUGAUGGUUAUGUUCUUGCAAUAUCCUUGGGUUUGGUAUCGAUUGUAAAAUCAUUUCUUGACACACAAUAUUCAUUUCGUCUUGCACAACUCAGACUGAAGUUGAGAUCUGGUAUUAUGACGAUUAUCUAUCGGAAGUGUCUUCAUGUAAGCUUAGCAGAGAGAUCUAAAUUUUCUGAAGGAGAAAUUCAGACAUUCAUGUCGGUGGAUGCAGAUCGAAUUGUAAACCUGAGCAACAGUGUUCAUGAUAUGUGGAGCUUGCCUUUGCAAAUAGGGAUCGCUCUCUACCUGUUAUACAUACAAGUGAAAUUUGCCUUUGUUUCUGGGAUAGCUAUAACUAUUUUGCUCAUACCAGUUAACAAAUGGAUUGCAAAUCUGAUUGCACAUGCAACAAAAAAUAUGAUGGAGCAGAAGGAUGAAAGGAUUAGAAAGACGGCGGAGUUACUAACAUAUAUACGCACAUUAAAAAUGUAUGGUUGGGAGCUUCUGUUCGCGAGCUGGUUGAUGAAGACAAGAUCCUCUGAAGUCCAACAUUUAUCGACUAGGAAAUAUUUGGAUGCAUGGUGUGUGUUCUUUUGGGCGACAACACCCACACUUUUCUCUUUGUUCACCUUUGGACUCUACUCUUUGAUGGGUCACCAUCUUGAUGCUGCAACGGUUUUCACCUGCCUAGCUCUGUUUAAUAAUUUGAUCUCUCCUCUAAAUUCAUUCCCAUGGGUCAUCAAUGGUCUGAUAGACGCACUUAUAUCACUUAGACGAUUGAACAAGUAUCUCUCUUGUAAAGAAAUUGAUACCAGACUGAAUAAAUCGUCCCCUACCUUCUGUGAUGAGAAAUUUGAUUCGAAAGAGCUGGCUGUUGCUGUUGAUGAGGCAUCUUGUACAUGGUCAAGCUAUGAUGAGAAGGAAUUUGACCUGGUUCUGGAAAAUGUAAAUCUUCGUGUCCCAAAGGGUUUCAUGGUUGCGAUUAUUGGUGAGGUUGGAUCAGGUAAAUCAUCCCUUUUGAACUUGAUUCUGGGUGAAACUAGACUCAUCAAUGGAACGAUAUAUCUAGUUGGAUCAAAAGCAUACGUACCACAGAUCCCAUGGAUAAUGUCUGGAACAAUCCGCGAUAAUAUUUUGCUUGGAAAGGACUAUGAUCAGAACAGAUAUUCAGAAGUGUUAGAGGCUUGCACCCUGGAUCUUGAUAUUUCUCUAAUGAAUGGAGGUGAUAUGGCUCGUAUUGGUGAGAAAGGUCUUAAUUUGUCUGGAGGUCAAAGAGCCCGCCUUGCCCUUGCUAGGGCCAUUUAUCAUGGGUCUGACACAUACAUGCUUGAUGACGUUCUGAGUGCAGUUGACGCUCAUGUUGCUCGGUCCAUAAUACAACAUGCAAUUAUGGGUCCUCUUAUGAGCAAGGAAACAUGCAUUCUCUGUACACAUAAUAUUCAGGCAAUUCAUCUGGCAGAUAUGAUAGUUGUGAUGGAUAAUGGGCAUGUGAAAUGGAUAGGAAGUCCAACUGACUCUUCUGUCACUUCCUACAUAUCAUUUCUAUCACUAAAUGAGUUUGACACAUUUACUGAGGUGCAAAGGAACGAAAAGUUGCCAAAUCUUGAUGGUAAAAUGGAGAAACCCCGUGAACUUGACUCAAUAAGCACUAUAAAUGAAGCCCAAGACAUCAUUGAGGUUGAGGCAAGAAAAGAAGGGAGGGUUGAAUCAGAAGUAUACAAAAACUAUGCUGCAUUUUCUGGUUGGUCCAUUGCUGUUAUAUCAUGUCUCUCAGCAAUCUUAAUGCAAGCUUCGCGUAAUGGAAAUGAUCUCUGGCUGUCAUUUUGGGUCGACACAACGGGUGCCAACCAAAGCAAGUUUUCCACCACCUUUUAUCUGGUCAUUCUCUGCUUGUUUUGUUUGGUUAAUUCACUCUUGACGUUAGUGAGGGCAUUUUCAUUUGCAUAUGGUGGUUUACGAGCUGCUAUUAAAGUGCAUGACCAAUUGCUCCACAAAAUAAUUGAUUCACCCGUUAGUUUCUUUGAUCGAACACCAAGUGGAAGAAUAUUAAACAGAUUUUCUUCAGAUCUCUACACAAUUGAUGACUCACUUCCAUUUAUUCUCAACAUUCUCCUUGCCAAUUUUGUUGGCCUCCUUGGGAUUGCCGUUGUUUUAUCGAUUGUGCAGGUCACAUUUUUGUUAUUACUAAUACCAUUUUGGUUUAUCUACAAAAAGUUGCAGUUCUACUACAGAUCAACAUCACGGGAAUUGCGGAGACUGGACAGUGUCUCCCGUUCACCCAUUUAUGCAUCAUUUACGGAGAUCUUGGAAGGUUCCUCAACUAUUAGAGCUUUCAACUGUGAGGACUUUCUCCUUAUCAGAUUCAUGCAGCACGUGCAAAUGUACCAGCGGACUUCCUACACAGAAGUCAUCGCAAGUUUAUGGCUCUCCCUUCGCCUUCAGUUGUUGGCAGCCUUUGUGGUGUCAUUUGUGGCUGUUAUGGCAAUUGUUGGAACCGAUGAACAUCUUCCUAUCAGUUUGGGUACACCAGGACUGGUUGGACUGGCUCUUUCGUAUGCUUCCCCGAUUGUAUCAUUGCUGGGAAGCUUCUUGACAAGCUUCACUGAAACAGAGAAGGAGAUGGUUUCUGUUGAGAGGGUACUUCAGUACAUGGAUAUUUCUCCUGAAAAACUGACUGGAGAAAGUCUACUUGAUACAAACUGGCCUUCAAAAGGAAAAAUACAGUUUCAAAAUGUGACCCUUCGUUAUAUGCCCUCGCUGCCUCCCGCACUCGUGGAUGUUUCUCUUAUUAUCCCUGAAGGAUCUCGCGUUGGAAUUGUUGGAAGAACGGGUGCUGGAAAAUCGAGCAUCUUGAAUGUGUUAUUCCGUCUCAACCCAAUUUGCAGUGGAUGUGUUUUAGUGGACGACUUAGAUAUUGCUUUGCUUCCUGUUAGAGAUCUCCGCUCUAGAAUUGCUAUUGUUCCUCAGAGUCCCUUUCUGUUUGAAGGAUCAUUGAGAGACAAUUUAGAUCCAUACGAGAUGAUUAGUGACAGAAAAAUAUGGGAUACUCUUGAAAAGUGCUGUCUCAAGGAGGAAAUAGAAACAGCAGGAGGACUAGAUAUCCACGUAAAGGAGGCUGGAACGACGUUCUCAGUAGGACAACGACAGCUUUUGUGCCUUGCGCGCGCACUUCUCAAGGCUUCUAAGGUGCUCUGCUUAGACGAGUGCACAGCCAACGUUGAUACUCAAACUGCUUCAAAGCUGCAGAAGGCGAUUUGGAGUGAAUGUGAAGGCAGAACUAUUGUCACAAUCGCUCAUCGCAUUUCUACUGUUCUGGCCAUGGACAAUAUCUUCAUUUUGGAUCAAGGGAUACUGAUUGAGGAGGGGAAUCCGCAAGCACUCAUGCAUGACGAAGCGUCCAGAUUCUCGAGUUUUGUCAGAGCUUCAACGAUGUGACUUUCUAGAACGUUCGACAUUGCUUGGAGAUGGCAGGGAAACAAUGGUUUGUAUCAUGUGAUUAUCUUUAGACAGAUCAGUAUUAUGUAAACCUUGUUUAACUACUGAGAUGCUCUCAUUUGAUCACCAAGUAGUUUGCAUUUA